GACACGGGGUACACAGAGGGACAUUUCUUGUGACAAACUGUUUUUGGCAGAAAAGGACAGACUCAUGCAAGAUGGCGGGAUCAGACUGUAUCCCCACUGUGCACGAAUGGGAGUCCCCGGAUUAUGAGCCGUCACUUCCUGUUUCAGAGAAGUCCAACCCCCUUACAUGUGACAUCGACCGGGCUUCAGCCAAUCACAUUGUAAGGAUGCUACAUGCCAGUGACACCCAGAUGUUUCAGGAAGAAACAAGAGCCACCUACCAGAGGCUGUUGAGUGAACAAGUGGUGGAAACGCUGAUGGAGGUUGCCAAGAACGUAGAGCUCAUCCUCAAGGAUCCUCAGGACAGCCUUGUUGUGCUGAGCGGUUGUGGGACUUCUGGUCGAUUGGCUUUCCUCAUCACGUCAGCUUUCAACAGAGCACUAAGGGAGCUGAACCAGAGUUCAGUAUAUUUGUACAUCAUUGCAGGUGGAGACAGAGCUCUACUAUCCUCCCAAGAAGCGCCUGAAGAUGACCCAAAGCUGGGCAUGCUCAGUCUGAAGAAGGUCUGUGAGGGAAAGAGGCGCGUCUUGUUCAUUGGUAUUUCCUGUGGAUUAUCUGCUCCAUUUGUGGCAGGUCAGCUGGACUUCUGCCUGCAGCACCCUGAGGUGUACACACCUGUGCUGGUUGGCUUCAAUCCUGCACAUCAGGCCAGGGAUGAGCCCCUUCCAGGCUGUACGUUCACUUUUCGCAGUGUGGUGCAAAGGAUGCAGCAGCUUGCCAAAAGUCAAAAAGCCUACCUCAUCAACCCAGCAGUUGGGCCAGAAGCCAUCAGUGGCUCCUCCAGGAUGAAAGGAGGCAGUGCCACUAAGAUUCUCCUGGAGGUUGUCCUGUCUGCUGCUCAUGCUGCCACCUUCGCAAACACACCCAUCACUUACAAAGGCACCCUGCAGCACAUGAGAGCAUAUGAGAAAACCCUGGAUAUCACUUACGCUCAGAGGGAGCAGAUAAGUGCUCUGCUGGAGGCAGCUGGACAGAGUCUGCGGUGUGGUAGGCGUGUGUGUUACCUGGGAUGGGGCUCCCUUGGUACGCUGGGCCUCAUUGACGCCAGCGAGUGCAUCCCCACAUUUGGAGCAGACUAUGAAGAUGUUCGAUGCUUCAUCAGCGGGGGAUACAGAGAGCUGAACAACAAUGAGGGCCCGCUGGGUCCUGACUUUUGCAUAGCACAUGAGGAUUUUUUACAUCUCGUUCUGCCCUCUCUCGAUGACCAGGACAUGGUUCUUCUUCUCUACACACACUCCGACGAUGUCAGUGAGGUGGUGAAGCUGGCGCGCAGAGUGAGAGAAAAAAUGUCCAGCCUCUAUGCUGUUUAUCACUUGGUUGAUGGAGACACUGCAGCUGCUGUACACCAAGAUGACAUCAACAAGCUGUGUUUAUCCUCUCUAAGAAUCACUUGGCCUGCUUCAGGGAGCUUAUUACACAUGCAGUGGGAGCUGUCCACUAAGCUGCUGCUGAACGCCGUGAGCACCGGAGCUCAUGUCUUAAAGGGGAAGAUUUACCAGAACCACAUGAUCGAUGUGCAGGUCACCAACAGCAAACUCUACCGCAGAGCCACACGUCUUCUCCAGAAGCUGUCUGGUUGUCCUGAGUCCCAAUGUGAGCACGCCCUCCUGAAGGCCGUGUACUGUGUGGACAAGCUGACAGCGGACAUCACAUCCUCUGACAUCACCACACACACACGUACGGCCAGAAACAGAUCCAAGGUGGUCCCUCUGGCUUUGGUGUGUUUGCUGACUGGGUGCUCGCUCAGAGAGGCGGAGACUCAUCUGGAGCGACAGCCAAUUGUGAGGGAGGCUGUGGAGGCGUGCCUGUCAUAAUUGACAUGGUAUGAUGUCAUCGUUAAGUCCCUUCCCACGUACAUUACAGGCAUGUAUUUAAUCAACUCUCUGUUUAGUGUUCUUGCUUUGCUUUGAUUAUGAGGUAAAAUCACCUGCACCCGGAGGAGCUGAAUGCAAAACCUUGUUGUAACACUAAGGGGCACUUUAACACUGGCAUAAUACCCUGCAAAUGU